UGGAAAAAUGUAGAGCAAAACAUUCCAAUUGGAGCAUAUGUUAUGCCAAUCAUCCUUUACUCAGACGCUACUCUCUGCAACCAUUUAGGAAAAACAUCAAGACAUCCAGUAUUUAUGACUCUAGGAAAUUUUUCUUUGAACCACUGCAACAAAAUAGAUGCAAAAAUUUUACUUGGCUAUAUUCCUAGUCUUGAGUAUAAUAGUAUAUCUCAAAAGCAGCCAUUCCAAUUUCGAUUAGCAACACGUAAACUUUUUCAUCAUACGUUUGCAGCUAUGCUUCAACUAUUAAGAUCUCUAAGCAAUACUGGUAUUCAUCUCUAUGUCAAUGAAAGUCUCAAAUGGUUUUAUCCACAUUUGGCACUUAUAAUUUUAAAUUGGCCUGAAGCAUGUAUGAUAUGCGCUUCUUGUGGAUCACCAAAUUCACUACAUCCAUGUCACUUUUGCUUAGUAGAUCGCGUCAUUAACCAAAAUACACCAGAUUGGAUCUCAAUUAAUUCGAGAGAUCGAUUAUCACUUGGAUUCGGGUCUUCUAAUGGAUAUACAAGUGAGACAUAUGAAUUAUUAUAUAAAUUUAAUGUUAAACAGCCUUAUCAUAUGAUGAACAAGCAAAAUGUUAAUUCACAAAUUCAAGCAAGU